AUGCCCAGUUCAACCAGCGCCGUCGCUCCCAAGUCUACGGAAUCUUGGCAUGCUCCCAGCUUUCGACCGGAGGACAUCAACGCCUUGAUCUCUGGUGUCGACCGAUACAACCCGCACAACGUCUCGCUCUUGGAGGACUACCUCGACGUCCAGAUCAAGGACGGUCAACACGACUGCUUCGCCAACUUGGCCAUCCUCAAACUCUACCAAUUCAACCCCAACAUGUCCAACGCCAAGGUCGUCAUCGACAUCCUCCUCCUCGCGCUCGUCUCCACCCCGACGAUCGACUCGCCCGACUUUUCGCUCGCCCAGUCCUUGGCGCUGGAUCGACCGAGUCAGGCGAUGCUGAAGCAGCAAAACUAUGACGACGAGGACGAUGCGGCAGGGCAUGUGGAUGAGAUCGAGACGGUCAUGCCGUACUUGCAAAAGCUGUGGGCGUUGUUGAAGGAGUGCAAGUUUAGAGAAUUCUGGAACGUCUGGAAGUCGGACAAGAGCGAUGGGGCUGAAGUUAUCCGAAGCCAAUACCUCCCCAACCACAACCACGCCGUCUCCUCCCUGCGUCUCCUGAUCGCUACGACCAUCGCCAGCUCGUUCUCCUCCAUCCAGACCUCGCGUCUGCAAAAGUGGCUCGAUCUCGACUCUGCUAACGAGGUCAGCUCGUUUGUGGAGGGUCUGAACGGAUGGACCGUCCAGGGAGAUUCCGUCAAGAUCGAGGGUAAUGGGGAUAACGAUGUCAAGGCCGGGGUUGUCAAGGAGCAGGUCGAGCUGAGUCGUGAGUCGCGGUGGACCGAUUAG